CCUGAAAUUGUGAUGCAUAUGACAACGGAGGAAAAGAAUGUUAUUGCCAUGAAUGAGUUGGAUCUAGUCAAAAACGCUAUUUAUACAGACCCAGAAGAUCAAUCUGCAUGGUUAUACUACUGGUGGUUACUUGGAAGAGCUCCUGAUUAUGUUGAAUGUAUGGGUGCAUAUUCCCUUGAAAGCAAGCCAACUGCUAUCUAUCUUGGAUUCAACGAUAUGAUCAAGUUCAUUGAACCACCUACUGUGUUAGAUGAACAAAGCAAUAGGGUCCCCAGUCGACUCUAUCCCUUGUGCAGCAAAAAUGGUGAGAGCGCAUCUACUUGGAUGCUUGCAGUUGAUGUUGCCAACGCAAAAACAAUCUCUUUACAAUCAAAUGCUAUCUUGCCUAGUACAAGUGCCAAGUCCAUUUCUCAAAAAACAUGGCAAGUAGAGAUCAAAAAAAUGAUGCAAGGAUCUGUUAUUCAGGAACGUGUGGCUUUGGUCAAGUCAAGGGAGUGGCAGCCAGUAUCAAUCAAAAUGUAUAAGGAUCCUAUUUUAGAAGAUCAGUCUGCUUGGUUUGCUCUGGAUAAAGUGCAAUUACUUAAAGAUGAGAUAGAGACAGUGCGUGAGUUACUAGAAAUUGAGCCUGAUAGUGCAUGGGCUAUGCAAACACUUGUACACUUUUUGAGCCAAAUGCAACUACGUUCACAGAUUGAUAAGGAAUCCAUCUAUGCUGAGAUUGCAGACAUCUUGGACAAAUUAAUGGAUAUUGAUAAAGAUAGAAGAUUUCGGUACCAAGACCAGAAGAACAAGCUGUUGUUUGAUCAAGCAACACAAGGACCUUUGAAAGAUGAAAGUAUUGCCACGUACAAUGAAAUACUAGACUUGGAUCAAGUGGAAGGACAUGUUCCUUUGCUCUCAAAAUUGUUAUUUCUAUGAAUAAAAUAUCGCUAGUUAUUAUAAAGAGUAAAGAUAUGUAUUCCUACAAGAAGAAAAGUGCUAUCAAAGAGAAACGAUUUACUAAUUGGAAUUCUCAAUUAGUAUCUUGAGAGUGAAAUUCUAUCAGCAAUUACAGCUUAUCUUCUAACAUUGGGUUUGAUCAAAACAUUCGAUGAACACUUG